AGAUUAGGAAAUUACACAUAAAAAAUAUAUCUCAAUUACUACUCCCUCUGUAUCUAGAUCAUAUUCAUAUUUUAAGCUCUGAAUAGUUUGUAUGUUUAUAUUUUUUCCAUUUUCGUGUAUAUGCAUCUGCUAGACAAUCAUUCCUCUCAUUGCCACUUCCCAAUUUUUAUUCUCUCGAAAAAGAUCCUAAUAAAGCCCUUGAUAUUGUGUCAUCUCCAAUUGCAAUUGUACGUGUGGUUAUUAACCAUUGGCAUGAGCCUCACUAAACCAUCUCCUGAUCUCUCAACCACACAAGCUGUGGCCAUGGACAUGGACAGUGUAGUGGUGCACCAGAGAGGCGGCGCCGGCGCCGGCGACGAGGAGGAGGAGAUCGGCGUCUUCACCGCCGAGCGCUACUUCAGCGGCGCCGACGAAGUCGACGCGCUGUGGUGCGGCGGCUCGUCGUCGUCGCUGUCGUCCGCGUUCAAGACCGGCGGCGGCCAGCAGGAGUACUGGUCGGCUGCACCCACGACGCUCACGGCGGCCACCACCUCGUCGGAGGCCAGCUGGAACAGCCGCUCCGCUCUUCUGAGGGACGCCGCCGCCGCCGUCGCCGUCGAGACGGAGGAGCCUUCCGGCGCAGGCGGUGACCUCUGCACGCCCGGAACUAAGGCGUCCUCGCCGUCGCAUAAUCUUCUUCUACGGUGGCUGCUCGGCGUGGCUGCGUGCGCCUGCGCCGGCGGCGGCGCGGAGGAGGCUGUGAUCGCCGACGAUUGUCGCCGCGACGAAGCGCGCGCAGCUGGCGUCGCCGUCGGUGGGGAGAAGCGGAUCAGCACCGAGGCCGCAGAGGCGGUCGCCACGACGAGGGUGAGCCGUGGAAUGUGCGACGGCGACGUGUUCGACGCCGGAACAGCCACGCCUCCUCCCCUCCCGCAGCUUGCGGAGCCUCGCCGCAUCCGCACCGCCGACUCCGGCGAAGUGUCAGCGCGGGUGUUCAACACCAGAGCCACCGCCGCCGCCGCAUUGGCUGCGGACGAGCGGCGGCGCAGGUCACUGGACAUGUUCGCGUCGGCCACGAGGCAGCAGCAGAGCAGCCAGAACCCCGCCUUCACCAUCGUCGCCGGAACAAGCACGGCGGCGCGGGACGCCGGCGGCGCAGGAGCAAGCGCCACCAUCCGGCGCGAUGACCCCGGCGCCGCCGCCGGCGACGACGCGGCGUCAUCGGACGGGGAGCUGGUGGAGUGCGCGUACCCGCCGAGCGAGGCGAGCGUGGUGUGGAGCGUGGUCACCGCGGACGGCGUGGCGUCCGCCGGCAACUUCUCCAGCGCGGCGUCCGGGUACUACCACCAUUACUACUACCACAACGGCGGCGGCGGCGACGGGCGGCGCACGGAUGCCGGGAAGAGCAGCCGGCGGAGCAGCGCCGGCGGCUUGCUGACGAUGGGCUGUAUGUCCGAUAGGGCCCUCGACGCGAUCAGCCCGGCUCGUGUCGUCCACCGGCGGCCGCUGCCGCCGGGCGGUGGCCGGAGAUGGUGCCACGUGGCACGCCGCCGGUAGGAAGUAGGCUGUGGACGAGGGUGCACGGAAGGAUUAGUGGAUGUGUGAUUUUUCUGAUUAUUUUUAGAGGUUUUUCUUGGAAAUUUGAAAUUAUUUUGUAAAGGUUUCAUUGUUUUGUUAGAAGAUGGACACCAUCUGUGAUGGAGAUACUCUAUGAAAUGAUGAGCACUAAUCAAAAUUGUCGUCA